GGACUUGCGGAAAAUGUUAUAAUUUGGGGCGUUUUCACGUGGGCGGGGCAAACUAGCUCUCUGGAACCUCCCACAAAAUACUGUCCACAUUCAGCUCAACUUCAGACUUGAUAUUUGUGACACAAACCACACGGGUUUCAUCUGUAACAGAUGGAAUAUCGACUUUCGUUAUUGUUAAAAAAAAAAUGUCCAAAAUGAGCGCUCUCUAACAACCUGAGACCUUUCCCCUCUCCACAAACGCUGUUUCCAUGGUGGCGCCAUGAAAAAAAAUAGUCCGAAAAACAGAAAGAGGGGGGAAAUAUUAGUACAAAAAAGAAAAAAAGUAGUCAGAAUACAGAAAAAUGAUUUUAAAAAAUAGUCUGAAAAAACAGCAAAGAUAAAAAAUUACUCUAAACACAGUUUCCUAUGACGGAGCAUUAGGGCCACAUUAAGGAAAGGAAAAAAGUUUGGACCUUGGAAUUACGAGAAUAAAGUAAAAUAAUUACUAAUGAGAAUAAAGUCGUAGCUAAUAGCUAUUCUAACCUGUUGUUAGUUGUUUAAAUGACUUCAGUAACUAGGUUUCACAAGCAAGGAGAUAUUGUUUAUUCUCCUAAGUAAUUCCGAGGUCUAAUUUUUUUUCUUUUCUUAAUGUGGCCCUAAUGUCGUAGUUUCCUUUAUUUUAUUUAUAAUUAUUUUUAUUUUUUAUAAGUGAAUGCAAUAUGCUUCCGUAAUUUCUUACCAGUCUGGAAUAAUUAAAGUUUAAGAGCACGAACUGAACCGAAGGGCAGUCCGAACAAGAAUAGGUGAGUGCAUUUAUGCUAACCGCUAACAUUAGCUACAACCGUUAACGGUGUUAUAAACUGUUACAUUUGUGUUAGCUCUACCAACAGUCACUGGUGGGCUAAUUUUAGCUGUAUGGACCCCUCUUAAAUCAGUUAAAUGUCGUUUAAAUCAAUAUUUUAAGUCAACUUUUUAAUCUGUAGUUGUUAGCCAGCUGGUAAGCUAGCACUCGCACAGAUAGGAACAGUGAAGAGGUUUGUGUUCAUCAGGAUGUUGUUCACCGAGGUUGGGACGAGCUACAUAGAAGUAAUUAUGUCUUUUCUUUUGCUUGUCCAUGAGUCCAAAGUCCCUCAUCUGACAGACUCAGAGUUAGUGUCCAGACAUUUUUCGGUAAUUAUCCUGGAACAGAUAAGAGAUCUUUACUUCUGUGGACAGAGAGGACGUAAGUACAAGAGAGAGGAUGAUGGUUAAAGUAGGUGAUCUGAAAUAUCGUGUUCUCCUUCCUCUCGGUGUUUCUGUAAAGUUUUAUCAGGUUAAAGUCUGUCUCAGUUUGUGUGUCUGUAUGAAACAGAGAGAGGGAGACUUUGGAAAUAACUUAGUCCUGUUUACUUGGCGGUUCCACCGGAGAUGAUGAGGCUGGUCCUCCCUCUGCAGCUGUGUGUAGUGUACACACACACACACACACACACACACACACACACACACACACACACACACACACACACACACUAACACACACCUCUUAUUUUCUGUCCACUCUCAAUCCAUCCUCCUGUCCUUCCUGUCGUCCAUCUGUCAUCCCUGACUUCUCCUCUGAUGACAGUCCUCGCUCUGUUCCACCACUUCUGUCUCCCAGGAAUGUCAUUUCUCAUCCUCCCAGCUUUUUAUGGUUUGUAGGGCACUCGCUCUUUUAUGUCACUCCCUUUUUGUUCUUUCACCUCCUCCUCUUCAUCUCUCCUCACUCCUCAGCUCAUAUCUCUCCUGACAAAACCUCCUUAAAUCAGAGACGUGCAGAGGAGGAGAGAACAAAACGGGUAAAGCGUUAAUUCCUGGCAUUUGGGACUCGCCCUUUCGGCCAGGCUGAAAUGAAGUGUGGUCAGUUUGGUUUGGUCAGUGUUAUUCAUGCCUUUCAAAGUCACCACAAGUACCAGGCUGCUUUGAAGAACAGAGUACACAAACACAAGCUGGCACAGGGCUGAACCUCACUACUAUAUUUGAGUCAUUUCUUCCCUCUGAAAUUUUUGGGUUUCGACACACACACACACACACACACACAUGCUGCAGAUGUGUUUGCAUUAGGGCCGCUGCAGGGAAAGUUUGGAAAACCGAUGAAUGGCUCGAUGGGAAAACGGAUUAAACCGUUUAACCCGACACCUGCCACUUUAGAGUAGAAGUGUGAGAAGUUUCUGUUGAACGGUGGCGUGAUGGCAAACUUUCUCCUGCUUUGAAAUUUGUGGGUAGUUGUCUCCAAACCGCAGCUAUGGCAGAAAUGUGUUUGACCCUCUGCAGAACGGACAAAAGAAAUCCUGAAACUGAAACCAACAAAAGUAAAAUCAAACUUAUUUUUGAAGUUACGAAUGCUUUAUGGUGUCAGUUUGUAAGCUCAUGUCUAACUUUUAAAGCUGUUUUUUCCAAAGUUCCUAAAGUGGUCCGAGCUCAGCUUUAACUGGGAGGCUGACCAAGUCCGCUCAGAAUCAUGAGGCCUAAAAAAGCUCACUUAAACGUUUAUUUCUCACUGGAAUUACACCCACUUUUAGCUUUGAAUCCUUGCUGUGAGUUGAGUUUCUUUCAAAUCGGGCAUCAGGCCACUUAACAUCCUUCCCGCUGAGCCGCCUGAGACUUAAGCGUUGAGCAGCUAUGAAAGGCAGCAGUCAUGAGCAGAUGAAAAGAUAGAUGGGCGGAGGUACGAGGGAGAGAGAGAGAGAGAGAGAAGGAUGAGGUCUCCCAAAGAGACCGCUGGGAGGGGUGGUGAUGGGAUGGACGCGGGGGAGAGAAGUUUAAAGACUUGAAAGAAGAGGUGGAGAGGAGGAGAGGGAAACUCCCUCCUGGUUAUGAACAACUGUUUCUCUCUGUGAGCCUCAAACGCAGGAUCAACUCUCACUGCUGAACACACGCUCCCGUCCCAACAGAGUGGGAACAAGAGCGGAGUCUGCAGGAGGACCAGCCUCUCCUCCCUGAAGGAUUACAAUCAGGAAACAAUUUCCUGGAGUUAUUGUUUCUAAAAAUUGGAUUAAGAAAGACAUCUGGAGCCCCAGAGAUGUAGACGCGUGGGUGGAAAGCAGGUGUGAAUGGAUGAAUAAUCGGCCCAGGAUGACUGGAUAAAAGCUCAGAGCUGCAGAAGAUCCUCUGGGGGUAUCUGGUCGAGUCGCUGCAGGUGUGAUCUUCAUUCCCCUGUGAGGUCGAGGAGGACGGAGAGCAGAAACUUAAUGACACGGCUCUCAAAUUCCACUCCAAUCUCUGCAGCAGCACCUGCUCAUCACUGAAAUUGCUUUCCAUCCUCCGAGUUUAUGACUUCAAAGAGAGGAGCAAUCUUCUGUGGAGGAAUUGUUUGUCUGUAUUCAAAACAAAUCCUGGGCUUGUAAUUAUGCCCUCACUCUUAUUAUCUCUGUUUCUGCUGCUGCACCACUGAGACGGAGAGAAGGAUCAGAUUGUGAGGAGGAUUUUUUUUCUUGUUCUUCAAGAUCAGGGAAGGUAGAUGAGGGAGAGAGGAAGACCGAGGGGGAGGGAGAGAUAAACAGAGGCAGCUUUAGGCGGUAAACACGUCUCGUCCAGUGGCAGCUUUACACUAAACACUUGGGGCCGAAACCAGCGAGGAGACUCUGAAACAAGAGGGUGAAGAGUCAGCGGAGCGAGGAGAAAACGCUGCAAACACUGCGGUUUUCACUCUGAAAACACAGGAGGGAAUCUGAACUGAAACCUGUACAGCUGCUUAUCUGAAGUAGAAAAGUUCUGAUUGAAAACAGAAGAAGAAGAAGUGGGAGCAGACCACAGCAUGGCGGCAGACGUCCCUCAGAAACUGUCUCUCCUCUGCAGAAAGAUGGACCAUCAGCACACGGACAAAAGCUGCAGCAGCAUCCAGACUUUUUCCCCCUCCAGACCCCACCGGCCUCUCCACCUCCACUCCAGGACCCUGCUCCUCCUGCCCCCGCUGCUCCUGCUCUUCCUCUCCUUGUGGAGCCAACAGGCGGAGGCCGUGGUCCACUCCAGCUUCAGGAGGCUCAGCGGGCGUGAGAAGAAGGAGAUGCAGAAGGAGAUCCUGUCCAUCCUGGGUCUACCAGGGAGACCCAGACCUCACCCUCCGCUACGUCCACCCUCCUCCGCACCGCUCUUCAUGCUGGACCUGUACCACGCCAUGUCUGUUGACGGGGAGGAUGAUGGGAAUGAGAUUAUGAUGACUGGACCUGGUAUGAGGAGGCUUGGAGGUGCUGAUAGGCUGACGCAGGUCAGCUACGCGGCCCCGCCGACCCUCAGCACGCACACACCUCCACUGGGGACGGUGGUCAGCGAGGCGGACACAGUGAUGAGCUUCGUCAACCUGGGUGAGUAAACCGGACCAUGAGGACGGGGGCUGCUGGGAAGGUGGUCUCUGGGUAAACACGUGGGGAGUUUUAGACGUCGAUCUGUUGAACCGUAACUUCAGAGAAAGACGGAGCUCAAAAACCUGUAGGGUCAAAAAGUCAUAAGAGGGGAGCCGCUGAGAUCACAGACCUGGUGUUUACAGAAGCUGCAGUGACCCUCGGUCAUGUGAUCCCCACCCUGUCGUCACUGUUUCUGACUGAAUUUACGGUUUCCUACUUUCAAAACAGACCUGAAUAGAUUUCUGUACAGCUUGUCCUGUUAGGGGUCACUAAGGGGGCGGAGCCUAUCCAGGACAACCAGACAUUCACAGGAAAUUUGAAGGGACUAAUUACUCUGUACUGUGGGAGGACACACAUACUCGAUUACUGCACCUCCAUAUAGACAAAGAUACUCUAGAUUUCAGACGCUCUAAAAUUCAUGAAUAAUCAGUUCUGGACUUCAGCUGAUCUGAGGUUAGGCGCAGUGACGCAGAGGAUGCAGGGCUGUGAUUGGACAAGAGGACAAACAGAAAGUCAACUGUUGACUGUCUGAGACGAUCUGGUAGUUUUGAUUAUUAAAGGUACAGUGCGUAGAAAUUGGAUAUUUAGUGAUAACUAGAAGUCAGAUUGUAGAUUGAAAUGAUCUCCUGUUCAUGUAUUUGAUUCUUACAUGAUAUUUAUGUUUAUUAUAUUUAGUUUCUGUUCUAAUCUGCUGAAUACGACUCACUGCACCUUUACUAUCAUCUGUUGUGAGUUGAACUGAGUGAAAAUCGAUCUGUCUGUAAUUGUUGUUGUCCGACCGUUUGUGCUGCAGAAAAGCAAUGUUUGAGCUAAGCUAGUAUAAACUCUGCACUUGUUCACCAUGGUGAUUUUUAUUUACAGUAUUUCCCACCUUUUUUACAUUUGAAGGCUGUUCUGUCCUUCACCCUGGUGGACUGUUUCAUUUUGAUUCUAGUCAAGAUGAAUUUGAAACCAAAAUAACUGAAAAAAAAGUUUAUUUUUGAAUAAUUUUCUACAAGAAGCUCUUCCUAAAUACAUUUUUGUGAAUGGGAUCUCAGCAGCUUAGUCAGCAACAGUCAGUUAAAAAUGUAAAAUAUUUCAUCCAAUCACAGCAAAGCAAAACAGCUGAGAUGUCUCGAAUUUGCAAAUACAAGAUGAAAAAUUUACAUUUCUUAAAGACCCCAAACUCAGAACAGGAAGCUGCAGGUCAGAUCAACACAGAACAUCUCUUUAUCUCACUAAUUCACAUGUCACAUCUGUUUUAAUAAAUAAUAAUUAAAAAAAAACAUAGUUUAGUUUUACCAGAAGGUUUGUGUCAGACUUUGACUCGGUGUGAUACUUUAGACUACAGACUAACAACUGUUUGUUUUUCUGAAUCCAUUUUUAUGCUUCUUUAACAAAGGGAACACAAAUAAUAGAGGAGAUGCUGACAGGGUUACAUUUGGAAGGAAUGAAGCAAAGUGUUUAACUGAGUUAUAAACCUGUUUGUUGUUCGCCUGCAGUCAUGGAGGUUUUAUCAUUUUCUCAUGUAAUGGUCGGCAGGUUUAUCUCAUGACACUAGAGAGAGAAAUCACCUUUAUCAUCAUGACAGAGCAGUUCAGAUUUUUGGUGUUUUGGCCACAAAAUGUAAACAGAGAGAGGAUGAAAUGACGCCGUUUGUGUGUGAACCUGAUGACACAUUCAGUUUUCCACAAACAUUCAACCCCACAGAGAGGCUGAUCUAUAUCUGUAGUUUUUCAUUACAGCUCAGAGUUCCUGAAAACAUCAUUAUACCUCUGAAGUACGGAGAAGACGUGUGGGGAAAUGUUUGAUCACUUUUUAUCAGGCUGACUUUAACAGUGAUGCACUUUUGAUGCCGCUGUGAGGGAAGGUAUCAGAUAAUCUGACUUUUUCUGCUGCAAAUAUUCACAGAGUGAGAUAAACUUCAGCGUUAGAAGGAAUCAGGAUGUUCUCGUGUUCAGGACGAAAUCAGAGAAGUGAAUAAAGUACUGCUUUGUCUACAGGGGGCGCCAAAAUCUGUACGAACAAACAGUUCUUUUGCAGGUUUAUAUUCUACUGAUGGACCUGAAAAUCACCGCAGACAGUCGGAAAUGUUAAAGAAACAAAACAAACAUUUAUAACUGAUUCACAACUUUUUAAAGACAAAAUGAUGAAAUGUCUAAGUAAUUAAAAAACCAAAAAUCAGGGUGUUUAGCUCUGCUGUUAAAGUGAUGGACUCCCCGUCCUCUCUCUCUGAGAUUUCAACACUGUACACUUCAAUAUUUGCACCAAACGCCUCCAAAAUAAUCUAAAAAAGCAGACCAAUUGAUAAUGAAAAUAACUGAAGUACAAGAUUUAAGAUUUAAGACGUGUUUUAAUUGAAUCAACUAAACUGUGAGGCUGCACAGUAAAAACAGUCGAGCUUAAACUCAGAAAGACACAAAAUAAAAAAGUAAAAAUCAAACUAUCAGAGGGAAAACUUUGCCACCCAGACUCUGUGAAUGUUUGCAGCCUGUCUGAUGCCUAUCUGUCCCGGCAUAAAACUUCAACAUCCUCCUCUGAAUGGCUUCCUUCCUCCUCCUGCAGCUCUGGAGUCUGGAGUGAUCUGAACCCACUUCACCGUGGGAAACAUCCACUCCUCUCUCUGCUCUGGGUCUUUGCUGAACUCGUUUCUAAAUUGAUGUUUUCCUUUUGGCAAAAUUUGGUUCUGUUUUGGAAAAGUGAUACACCCUGAAAUUUAUCAGUCAGCGCUGCAGUCCAUCCAUCAGACAGUAAACAAAGCUGACUCAGACCCUCUUAGAGCGCCGCCGUUUCUUUUGAGAAGUUUUUAUUCGUUGGGAACUCUGAUUAAAUUUGCUGUAAAGUUUUAGAAAACCUAGAAAGUUCAUCAGCACUUCAAACUUAACUUACAAGCUCUUCUAACUUCCUCUGAAAAUAAUGAAUACAUGCUAAUAUUGUACUUGGAUGGGACCUGUGUGCAAUAAGGAGAUUUAUAAUCUGCCCAUUUGGUUAGUUUUCAUUUUCUCUUUCCAUGAACUUUCCUGCAUGUGUCAGCUGAUCUAUUAAGCUGUAUUUCUAUGACUAAUCUGAUCAGUGUGUGCUCUCAGUUCACCUAAGUUCAAUCAAACAGUCAUGGGUGUGUGUGUGUGUGUGUGUGUGUUCCUACGUAUAUGAAUUGGGAAGACACAGCUGGUAAGAAUUAAAGGCCCCACUGACACACACACACACAGGAAAAAAAAAAAGCCAACGGUCUGAGUGGAGAUGAAAAUACUGCUGUGGAGGGAGAGACUCUAAAAAUACCGGGCAGGCCUGCAAUUAGUGGUGUGUGUGCUGAGCAGCUGCUGCGGUUCAGGGCACUAAGUGUCUCUAAUUACUGCUGUGUGUGUGCGUGUUUGUGUGCGUAGUGAUACGAGCACGCCCAGCCCAUCAGGACUCUCCUCAGUAUCUCUAUUUAUUGUAUGAGUGUGUAUGUGUGUGUGCACCAAAACCCCAAAUUACCAGAGCUUUUUAGGGUUCUGCAAGGACACAAAUACACACACUUACUUCACUGACAGAGUGUGUCCGUCACGUUUCUGCUUUAACAGUAAUAUUAUGAUUCAGUCUGUUCCCGAUGAAGUUAUUAAAACAAUAUCUCCCUCUGUAAACAGCUGAAGUCAACACACUCUGAUGUAAGACACCUUAAGGUACGUCCUGUUCAGAGUGGGAUGUGACGCAGGAGGUUUGCAAACACAGCAUGGAGUUAUGAGAGUGUGAAUAUUAGCUCUGACUCAGUAUUGAAGUCCAACUGAUGCUCCUCCUGAAGUCGAGCACAAUCUUUGCUGCUCAGCUCAGAAUGAUGAUUUACUUUUUAAAUACUUGGCCUAACCGAAAAAUCUAUCAAAUGUCAGAGAGAGAGAAAAUCAUUCAUAACUUAUAGUCAUUUACAGGAGUUAAAACUUCACCAGUUACUCUUUAAUUAACCAAGUUUAUCUCUAACUUUAAAGGUGGUUCAGAUAGUGGACCAAAUGCAGAUUAUGAGCCCUGAUAAUCGACCAAGACUGAUACCUCUAAAUAGAGUCCUCAUGUGCUGUCCCCUACAUUUAGAAUAGAGUAGAAUCAAACUUAAUUGAUCCCCCAAAGGGGAAAUUCAUAUUGUCACAGCAGCAACACAUAUGACAAGACACACAAGAGGUAUCAUCAAAAUAAAAUGCUAUGACAACAAAUAAAUAGUUGACAUUAAAUAAGAUAAAAACCUAAAAGAUAAAGUGCUCCACCUUGCUAGGACCUGUGUGUGUGUGUGUGUACGCUACAUCUCAUUUCUUUUUUUUUUUACUUACUAUACUAUGACAUUUUUAAUCAUACUAUACUAUGACACUUUUUCGUACAAAAAUAUAACAUUUUUAUCAUACUAUACUAUGACAUUUUUUUUAACAUACUAUUCUGACUUUUUUAAUACAAAAAUUUGACAUUUUUAUUGGUAUACUGACAUUUUUAACAUACUAUACUAUUACAUAUUUUGACAUACCAUGCUGACAUUUUUUGUAAAAAAAUAUGAAAUUUUUAUCAUACUAUACUUUGACUUUUUUUCAUAUAAAAAUUUGAAAUUUAAUUCAUACAACACUGUAAUUAUUUAAGAAACAAUACUAUAACUUUUUUUAUACAAAAAAAUUCUUAAUUUACAUCAUACUAUACUAAGACAUUUUUAAUAAACUAUACUAUGACCGUUUUUAAAUACCAAAAUUUCAAAUUUUUAUCAUGGUUUACCAUGAUAUUUUCAUCAUACUAUAUUAUAACAUAUUUUUACAUUAUAUACUAUGACUUUUUUACAACUUAAAUUAAAUUUUUUUUAUCAUAGUCUACAAUGACAUUUUUAUUAAUAAAGUACUUAUUAAACAGUCUGAUGGCUGUAAGUUUUCACUGGUGUGUUUUGCUCGGCCUCUAAAGUCCACCACGAUCAUCAAGUCUGCUCUUGUUUGUGAAUUCCUGCAGUUCCACUUUCAUCUGAUAGUAACAUGUUUAUAAAUCUCUCUCUCUCUCUUUAUCUGUUUGUCUGCAGUGGAGCAGGAGCGAGACCUCCUGCAGCCUCGUCCGUACUGGAAAGAGUUUCGUUUUGAUCUGACCCCCCUCCCUCAGGGGGAGACGGUAACAGCAGCAGAGUUUCGUAUCUAUAAGACCCUGACGAUGGGUCAGAGAGCCAACAGGACACUUCACAUCUCUGUGUACGAGAUCAAACGAGAGAACAGACACAGGUCAGCUUCAGGUCCAGGUUUUAAAGUUAUUCUUUUCCAGAAUAUUGACUUUCUAAAGUUUCAUCCUCAUGCCCGGUCUCAUCGUCAGGGAGCCUGAGCUGGUGCUGUUGGACAUGCAGUCUGUACCUGCAGGUCAGGAGGGCUGGCUGGCGUUUGACGUCACCUCAGCCUCCAACCACUGGCUCCUCCACCCUCGCAGCAACCUGGGCAUCCGCCUCUAUGUGGAGACAGAGGAGGGUCGGUCCUUCGCUGAGCUGCACCUUGUCCAUUAGUUGGUAUGAAUCGGUUUAUCUAAGGUCUGACUAAUCACUGUGUCCUCUCUCUCUCUCUCUCUCUCUCAGACCGCUCCCUGUCUGCAGGCUGGAUCGGGUUGGUGGGACGCCGCGGUCCUCGCUCCAAACAGCCCUUCAUGGUGACCUUCUUCAGGGAGAGUCAGAUCCCCUGCCGGCCGCCAAGAGCUGUCAAACCCCAUCCACGCAGGAAGAAACCAAAAUACGACCUCCCUGUUCCCAGCAUCCACAGUGAGAACAGUUAAUUUGGUUUUUGACUCUGAGUUUUGUUAAUUGGAGUAUCUUAGCAGAUUUUACUUGAAGUUUAAUUUCAUAAAUUGUAACCAGAUCUGACAGGGAUAUAACAAACUUUUAGUCUCUUUAAGAAGCUGAUUGUUUUUAAACUCUUUUGCUUUGAUUGAAGAGAAAUGUUUAGUGACUUUAAAAUUCCUUAAAUCAUUUUAUUUCUUCGUCUUCAGAUCGGAGUCCUGUAAAUAACGGAGGUCAGCCGUGUAAAAAACAUGAACUCUACGUCAGCUUCAGUGACCUCGGCUGGAAGGUUUUAACAUGCUAUACUAUGACAUUUUGAACAUACUAUUCUAUGACAUUAUAUUUCACACAAGAUGAAAUGUUUUAAUCAUACUAUGCUAAGAUAUUUUUUUAACAAACUACAUUUUGACCUUUUUUCAUACUAAAUUGUAAAAAUUUUCAUCAUACUUCAAUGACAUUUUUAACAUGCUAUACUAUGACAUUUUGAACAUACUAUUCUGUGACAUUAUUUUUCACACAAACACACUAUACUAUGGCUUAUUUUUAGAAAAAAUUUGAAAUUUUUAUCAUACUAUACUUUGACUUUUUCAUCAUACUAUACUGACAUUUUGAACAAACUACAUUUUAACCUUUUUUUCAUACUAAAUUGUGAAAAUUUUCAUCAUACUUUACUGACAUUUUUUAACAUGCUGUACUAUGACUUUUUGAACAUACUUUUCUAUGACAUUUGUUUUUACACAAAUUGUGAUUUUUUUAUCAUACUAUACUAUGACAUUUUUUAACAUACUAUACUGACAUUUUUUUCAGAAAAAAAUUUACAUUUUAAUCAUACUAUACUAUGACUUUUUUUCAUACUAUACUAAGACAUUUUAAACAAACUACAUAUUGACCCUCUUUCAUACUAAAUUUUAAUAAUUUUCAUCAUACUUUCCUAUGACAUUUUUUAACAUGCUAUACUAUGACAUUUUGAACAUACUAUUCUAUGACAUUAUUUUUCACAGAAACACACUAUACUAUGGCUUAUUUUUAGAAAAAAAUUGAAAUUUUUAUCAUACUAUACUAUGACUUUUUUUAUCAUACUAUACUAUGACUGUUUUUGUCUUACUAUACUAUGACAUUUUGAACAAACUACAUUUUGACCUUUUUUCAUACUAAAUUGUAAAAGUUUUCAUCAUACUUUCCAAUGACAUUUUUUAACAUGCUAUACUAUGACAUUUUGAACAUACUAUUUUACGACAUUAUUUUUCACACAAAAUUUGAAUUUUUUUUAUCAUACUAUACUAUGACAUUUUUUCAGAAAAAAAUGAAAUUUUUAUCAUACUAUAUUAUGACAUUUUUAACACACUAUACUAUGGCUUUUUUUUAGAAAAAAAUUGAAAUUUUUAUCAUACUAUUCUAUGACUUUUUUAUCAUACUAUACUAUGAGAUUUUAAACAAAUUACAUUUUGACCUUUUUUCAUACUAAAUUGUGAAAAUUUUCAUCAUACUUAACUUACAUUUUUUAACAUGCUAUACUAUGACAUUUUGAACUUACUUUUCUAUGACAUUUGUUUUUACACAAAUUGUGAUUUUUUUAAUCGUACAAUACUAUGACAUUUUUUCAGAAAAAAAAUGAAAUUUUAAUCAUACUAUACUAUGACUUUUUAAGACAUUUUAAACAAACGACAUGUUGACCUUUUUCAUACUAAAUUUUAAAAGUUUUCAUCAUUCUUUCCUAUGACAUUUUUUUAACAUGCUAUACUAUGACAUUUUGAACAUACUAUUCUAUGACAUUAUUUUUCACACAAAAUUUGAUUUUUUUUUAUCAUACUAUAGGAUGACAUUUUUUCAGAAAAAAAUUGAAAUUUUUAUCAUACUAUACUAUGACAUUUUUAAACAUACUAUACUAUGACUUUUUUAUCAUACUAUACUAUGACAUUUUGAACAAACUACAUUUUGACAUUUUUUCAUACUAAAUUAAAAAAUUUUUAAUCAUACUUUACUAUGAAAUCUUUUAACAUACUUCACUAUGACAUUUUGAACAGUCUAUUCUAUGACAUUAUUUUUCACACAAAAUGUGAAUUUUUUUAUCAUACAUUUUUUUACAUUCUAUACUAUGCCUUUUUUUUUUUUUUUUUUUUUUUUGAAAUUUUUAUCAUACUAAAAAGGGAAUCACAGAAGAAGGCAAUUACUGAAAUAUUUUAAUGAUGAAGCUCAGGUCAGCACUACCACAAAAACAAAACAAUUCUCACAGAAAUAAGGACGAUAUAUGUAUAACAACAAAAAACUAUCCUCUCAAAAACAGGAUGACUUAACAAGAACAGGUGACAGCUACAAAACUCUCUCAAAGGUGCUCUACUAAGUAUAUAACAAGGUAGAAAUAAAAGUCGCACUGCUCAGUCUAAAACAAAGAGAAAUCACUUUUCCAAUCAUUCAUGAAAAUCACACUUCGGCUGCUACUGCUCCACUGUAGAACAUCGCUCUGGGCUGAAAAAGAGAGAGUGAGCUGCAUGUCCUCUGCUCUGUUUAUUGCGGCAGGUGCAGGUGCUGGGAAUUCUGCAAUGAGAGUGUAAAGCACACCCAUAGACACUUUAACACAGAAACUCCCACUCACGUACAUCCACACAGGUACAUCCACGCAGAUACUCACACUUAGACACUCAAACUCUUAGACACUCACACACAUACAUCCGUAACACUUUACAGUGACUUUAUUUUUCACAUACUAUACGUUGACGUUUUUUAAAACCAAAAGUUGAUAUUUUUAUCAUACUAUACAAUGACAUUAUCAUACGAUACUAUAACAAUUUUCACCAUAAAAUACUGACAUUUUUUAACAUACAAUACAAUUACAUUUUUUAAUUAAUACGAACAUUUAAAUUUGAUAUCAUACUACACUAUAAAUUUUUUAAACAUACUAUACCAUGACUUUUUUUCAGACAAAAAUUUUUAUCAUACUGUACUAUGACAUUUUUAUCAUACUAUACUGUGACAUCUUUAUUAUACUAUACUAUGACAUUUUUGACAUACUAUACUAUGACAUUUAUAACAUACUAUACUAAUUAAUUAAUUAAUUUUUAUCACAGCAUACAAUGACAUUUUUUGACAUACAAUACACAGACAUUUUUUUACAUACUAUACUAUAAAAUCUUUUUCAUUCAAAACUAACAUUUUUUCAUACUAUCUUAUAUUUUUUCAUACUAUGCUGUAAUAUUUUCUAUACUAAAAUUUGAUAUUUUUAUCAUACUAUGCUUUGACAUUUUUAUUAGACUUUACAAUUUAUUUUUAUCAUACUAUACUAUGACAUUUUUAUUCUACUUACUAUACUUUGACAAAUUUUCAUCAUACUAUACUUUGACUUUUUUUUUAAAUACUUAAAUUGGAUAUUUUUAUCAUAUCAUACUAUGACAUUCAUAUCCUACCAUACCUAAAUAUUUUUAUCAUACUAUACUAUACUAAAAUUAGAUUUUUUUUUUUAUACUAAAAUUUAAAAUCUGUAUUAUACUACAGUUGAAAUAUUUCUCAGUGUUUAUGUUUUUGCUCUGUCUUUGUCUUCAGGACUGGGUUUUGGCUCCGACUGGAUAUUCAGCGUAUUACUGUGACGGCGAGUGUUUUUAUCCUUUGGGCUCCUGCAUGAACGCCACAAACCACGCACUCAUACAACAAGUGGUACGUUCAGCCAUCACACACUCGAAGACAAAAACACCAGAAAAAAUUAUGUCUUAUUCUGAGAGAUCAGCAAUCCGGUGAAGUCAUAGCCCAUUUUUGUCUUUUUACGGUUGUUUUUCUUAAGUUUUCUACGCCACCAUAUUGGAUCAUUUACUUAAUAUAAAAAAAAUGAUCAGGAUACAUCCUAGUUAUUGUAAGGAUAAGGGUUUAGGUUUUCGAUAAAUACCUGAGCUUGAGCUGUUUUCUCUGCUGUGGCAGGUCCACCUCCUGAAGCCAGACGAGGUCCCUAAAGCGUGCUGCGCACCUACCAAACUCAGCCCGAUCUCUGUCCUCUUCUAUGACGACAACAACAACGUCAUCCUCAAGAAACACCGCAACAUGGUGGUGAAGACCUGCGGGUGUCUAUGAGGGAGGUGACUGCUCGUCUGGACAGUCGGGACACUGUGAGGAGUCCGGUCCAAACUUCUGUGGAGGAGUUUUUUCAACCCCAGAAACUCUUUAUUUCAAUCAAAGAUGCUGCAGAAAGGUCUGUGAAUGAGUGAAAUCAUUUUACAGAUCUGUUCAAUUCACUGAUUCCAGUUUGUUAAUGUUUUACAGUUUUUAAACAUCUGAAUUUUUUACAUUUCUAUCUUUGGUACUUGUUAUGCUGUUAACUGUGUGCUAACCUUCAUAUGCGACACAUGGGUGAAUCUAAAAGGACAUUUCUUUGGUUCUCCAUCAGCUUCAUAGACAUUCAUAGUCACUCCUGUCUUCCAUAAAAGCAGAACUUAUUUUCAAACUUUCAGAGUUAAAAUAUUUAAAUUUUAUUCAAACAGAGACCAACAUGCAGAAUCUGACGGUGUAAGGGCAAAUGAUAUUUGAUGGUGGACACGCCAUCAGUGAUGCCUGCUGUUUUACUGUAUAAGAAUUAAAUAACUGCAUGACUAUUGAUGCAAAAAGUGUAUAUGAGAACUUUUCCAUUUGUAUUAAAUUAAUAAAGAUUUUUUACAACCUCCUGAUUUUAUGUGAAUGUUAUAAAGGGAACGAAAGAUAAUCCAAAAAUGUGAGGAUGACAAACUUAGAUAUGAAAACUUGGAUCUGUGUUCAGUAUUAAACAGAGAUAUGACCUUAGUUUCUAAACAAUUCUAUUUUUAACCCAGCCUGUAAAUGUGUGACAGUCAUUAAUAACAUGGUUGAGUAUGAAGCUGUGUGCAUCUGAGAGC